AUGAGUGAGAUGAUUCUGAAGAAGACGUUCUCUGCACAUGACUUGCCGGUUAACGCUAUCGCGAUCAGCAAUGAUGGCACCGUGAUGUUGACUGGAGCCGAUGAUGGCUGUGUCAUUGCGUGGGAUAUGAAGGCAGGCGAGAAGCUAGAAGAGAUAUCUUGCGUAUUUCAUGGCCCGGUCAUCAGCGUACGCUGGAUUGACCUAGGAAAAGGGGACAACCUUGCAUUCGUCUGUGGGUGCGCCGAUGGUACCCUACAGGUCUAUCAGAGGGCAGAUGUCCGUACUCGCUUCAGUUUGUGCUCUGUGACCUCCGCCCACAAAGGAUUCGUACAAGAUAUCAAUUUCGAUACCAAUAAUGGUCGGAUUGCCAGUGCUGGAGGGGGUACCGUUUCCAUCUGGAAGCUUAACGGAGGCGGCAGUCUCGAAAGUAUGACUACGGACGUGCCUGACGAAGGAUAUAUGCUUCAAUCGGUCCAUUUCUGCGACAGCGGGGAUAGUAUCCUGUUAUGCUACUGCGAGUCGCACGAGAUUGUAGAUCCUUGGUCAUUGAAAUGGGCAAAGCAGCUGCCCACGCAGAUUGGACACUCUGUCUUGUCACCGGACGGACAGAACCUGUUCAUUUCGAAUCUCGUCAGCGGCGUCGAUCAGUACAAGCUUGUGAUAGGUGGAGACGACGGGUUUGCCCGGCUGUACGACAUUGGUACAGGACGCUUGGUGCAAAUGCUUGAACAUAGCGGUGACGCGACUCUGGUGCAAACUGUCUCGACUCACGAAGGUGCGCAAGACUGCGUAAUUGUGACCGCCUCCACUGGCAAUGGCCCAUCAGAGAUCAGAGUCUGGUCGCGAACGAUGAUGGUUGCCUUCCUAACUGCCGCGUUCGUGACAUUCAUUACUUCCGAUAAUGACUUCGGUCCCGGUCUGGCCGAGUACACCGCAUACAUUGCCGCGCGAUUCUACGCUCUCUUCGAUGACUAUCGAGCCAUGUAG